GGUGCGACAUCCGCGGCGGCCGCAGGAGCAGCAGCCGCGGCGGCCGAGCGCUGCCAGGGCCGAGCGCCACGACAGGGCGGGGGAGCGCACGGCGGCACCGCACCGCACCGCGGCCCAGCGCGCGGCGCGACCCCCAUGAGCGGUAGGGGGGAGGCGGCGGCCCCUCCCGCGUCCCCCUGCCUCAGCGCCGAGCGCUCCCCCCCGCCCCCGAUGCGCCCUUAGUCCCGGCCCCGGACCCGCCUCCCUCGCUCCCCUCCCCGGCGGCGGCGGCGGCGGCAGCGUCCAGGUGCGGACUUCAAACCCCAGCGCAAUGGCGUCCAACGCGGCCGAGAGGGAGAUCCUCUUCACCGAGCUGCAGGGGGAUGCCAAAAGUCUUCUGGUCUCUGAGAACCUGAGCACUGGCCAAAAGUUGGACUUUUCAGAUACAAUGGUACAGCAGAAGCUGGAUGAAAUAAAGGACCAAAUCAAGCGGGAAAUAAGGAAGGAACUUAAAAUCAAGGAGGGAGCUGAGAACCUCAGGAAGGUCACAACAGAUAAAAAGAACUUGGCAUAUGUGGACAACAUUUUGAAAAAGUCAAAUAAGAAGUUAGAAGAUUUGCAUCAUAAGUUACAGGAGUUAAACGCGCACAUUGUUGUAACGGAUCCAGAAGAUGUUACAGAUUGUCCUAGGACUCCUGAUACUCCAAAUAGCGAUCCUCGUUUUCCUACCAACAACAGAUUGAUGGCCUUAAAGAAGCAAUUGGACAUAGAACUGAAGGUGAAACAGGGAGCAGAAAAUAUGAUACAGAUGUACUCAAAUGGUUCUUCAAAGGAUCGAAAACUUCUUGCCACAGCUCAACAGAUGCUCCAAGACAGCAAGACGAAAAUAGAAGUUAUAAGGAUGCAGAUUCUUCAGGCAGUUCAGACCAAUGAAUUGGCUUUUGAUAAUGCAAAACCUGUGAUAAGCCCUCUUGAACUCCGAAUGGAAGAACUACGGCAUCAUUUUAGGAUAGAAUAUGCUGUUGCAGAAGGUGCAAAGAAUGUGAUGAAAUUACUUGGAUCUGGGAAGGUUACCGACAGAAAGGCACUUUCAGAAGCACAAGCAAGAUUUAAUGAAUCAAGCCAGAAGUUGGACCUGUUAAAGUAUUCACUGGAACAGAGAUUGAAUGAACUUCCUAAAAACCAUCCCAAAAGUGGUAUUAUUAUAGAGGAGCUUUCAUUGGUCUCUUCACCCACAUUAAGUCCUCGUCAAAGUGUAAUAUCUACUCAGAACCAAUACAGUACACUGUCCAAACCAGCAGCUUUAACAGGUACCCUGGAAGUUAGGCUAAUGGGCUGCCAAGACAUCUUAGAAAAUGUUCCUGGUCGAUCGAAAGCCACAUCAGUUCCUCUACCUGGUUGGAGUCCAAAUGAAGUCAGAACAACUUUCAUGGGCAGAACCACUAAAGCUAAAGCUGGGAUUAGUAAAAACCUUCUGAAAACAGAUGACUUGUCCAAUGAAGUCUGUGCUGUACUGAAGCUGGAUAACACUGUGGUUGGUCAGACGAGCUGGAAACCAAUUUCCAAUCAGUCGUGGGAUCAGAAAUUUACACUGGAACUAGACAGGUCACGUGAAUUGGAAAUCUCAGUUUAUUGGCGUGACUGGAGAUCCCUGUGUGCAGUGAAGUUUCUGAGGCUGGAAGAUUUCCUGGACAACCAACGGCAUGGCAUGUGUCUCUAUCUUGAACCACAAGGCACUCUGUUUGCAGAGGUCACGUUCUUCAAUCCGGUUAUUGAAAGAAGACCAAAACUUCAGAGACAGAAGAAAAUUUUUUCAAAACAGCAAGGCAAAACAUUUCUCAGAGCUCCUCAAAUGAAUAUCAAUAUAGCCACCUGGGGAAGGCUGGUGAGAAGAGCUAUUCCUACAGUCAACCACUCUGGCACCUUCAGCCCUCAAGCAUCUGUAUCUGCCGCAGUGCCAGUGGUUGAUGCGCGCAUUCCUGAACUGGCGCUGCCAGCCAGCGACUCUCCUGUAGCCAAAUUGGACUUUGAGCUGGAGCCUGAGCCUCCACCUGCUCCACCUCGUGCAUCUUCCCUUGGGGAAAUAUGUGAACCUUCCUCUGAGAUGAAAGCUCCUGAUAGGCCAGCUCAGGAUGAUGUAUCAACUUUUGAUUUUGAGAAUGGUAGAAAUAGUAUUGUUCCAAAACUCCAGCCUGGAAUAAUCUGUGAGUCUGAUGUUCCACAUUCAGACACAAAAUACACCAACAUUCGAGAACCUGAAGACAGAAGAACACAGCAAAGAUUUCAGUUCAGUCUGAAGGACUUCAGAUGUUGUGCAGUACUUGGCAGAGGACAUUUUGGAAAGGUGCUGCUGGCAGAAUACAAAAACACAAAUGAGAUGUUUGCUAUUAAAGCCUUAAAGAAAGGAGAUAUUGUUGCUCGCGAUGAAGUAGACAGCUUGAUGUGCGAAAAGCGAAUAUUUGAAACUGUGAAUAGUGUCAGACAUCCCUUCUUGGUGAAUCUUUUCGCUUGUUUCCAAACCAAAGAUCACGUUUGCUUUGUAAUGGAAUAUGCUGCUGGUGGGGAUCUGAUGAUGCACAUUCAUACUGAUGUCUUCUCUGAACCAAGAGCAGUAUUCUAUGCCGCGUGCGUUGUUCUUGGACUUCAGUAUUUACACGAACACAAAAUAGUUUAUAGAGAUCUGAAGUUGGAUAACUUACUGCUGGACACAGAAGGCUUCGUGAAAAUAGCUGACUUUGGUCUUUGCAAAGAAGGAAUGGGAUUUGGAGACAGAACAAGCACAUUCUGUGGCACACCAGAAUUCCUUGCUCCAGAGGUGCUGACAGAAACUUCCUAUACAAGAGCUGUAGACUGGUGGGGUCUUGGUGUCCUUAUCUAUGAGAUGCUUGUGGGUGAGUCUCCUUUCCCUGGAGAUGAUGAAGAAGAAGUGUUUGACAGUAUUGUAAACGAUGAAGUAAGAUAUCCACGAUUUCUGUCUACAGAAGCCAUCUCUAUAAUGAGACGGCUGCUACGAAGAAAUCCAGAGCGACGUCUUGGAGCUGGAGAGAAAGAUGCUGAGGAUGUAAAAAAGCAUCACUUCUUCCGUCUAAUAGACUGGAAUGCUUUACUGGCCAAGAAAGUGAAGCCUCCUUUUGUACCCACCAUCAGAGGAAGAGAAGACGUUAGUAAUUUUGACGAUGAAUUUACCUCUGAAGCACCUAUCCUCACUCCACCUCGGGAACCAAGGAUACUUUCAGAAGAAGAGCAGGAGAUGUUCAGAGAUUUUGAUUACAUUGCUGAUUGGUGUUAACUUCUAGACACUGUGAAAUCCUAGCUGACUGGCUCACAAGAAUGCCUCUCUCAGAAGAAUACCGCCCCUCCAAUUGCUCUCUGUGCCACCUGUAGCUUCUGUUUGUUUUGGUUGGUUUUUGUUUUUUUUUUUAAUCACAUGAAGAUCCUUUUUAAGUACUGUUUUAACACUCUUGUGAAGAGUGGCCUCUUUGUAUAUUGUUUUUUAUCUGAGCACUGGAAAGCAGUUCUAUGGAGUUCCUAAGCUGAGUGGGUGAAUCCAGGCUGUACUGAGCUUACCACACGUGGGCACACUUGGAUCUGUACUGUUUCUCUCACUCUGCCACCGCAGAUAACGUUUUUAAAGUAUCUGCCUUAGAUGGGAAAAGCAGACUUUGAGCUAGUAAUCACGUAAUGCUCCUCAGACACACGAAAUAGAAGUUUGUGAUACUGUUGACACUCACACUGAACAUGGUUCUGGCUGGAGAAGGCAAAUGAUUUCAGUUAAACAUCUUGUGCGGUCUGUAAAACUACACGUUUCUAUGUACACCUUCCUCUUCUUAAAAUAAUGGUGUUGAGAACAGAUAAUGCCUUGUUUUAUAAAUUUUCUAUGGUAUUUAUUAGGAAAAAUGUUAAAUGCCUUGCCUUCGAGACAACAACAGCGUAAGUGCUUCCAUGAAAAAGAAAAAUCCCGAAAAACCCAGGAAGUUUACCAAAGCCACUUGCCAAACAGUUUUGCCUUCAAGCUUUUUAAGUAUGGCUUAAAAUUCUGGUUGAAAAAAAGAAUGUAACAGGGAUGUUGCUCAGCCUAACCACAAAGAGCAAAGCAUAUACAUUUCCUGAGCCCAACCACUUCUGUACUCAAACUCAUGCCUUUUCCACUCACAGAGUGGAGGAUAAGUUAACCAUUCUGUAUGUAACCACCUAGAUCAUCCUGUAUCUGCUGUACAAUAUCGUAUCACCAUUAGGAAACAUAAGGAUUUUCAAUGUAUACAUGCUGUGAACAUGUAUAUUUGGAAGUUGUAAUGUAUUCUUAUGUCCAGGCAAGUAAUGUAAUUAUACCACUUCAUUAAUUUUGCACAGUGGCCACGUGAACAACAUUGAACUUUGAAUGAAAAAAUAUUCGUACGGGCCGCUGAACUCCAGAACUUAGAUUGGCAGUUAGCAAGAGUAAAAGCAAUAUCUUGUAACAGAAUGUAUAAAUAUUUUUGAUAAAAAAACUUGUAUAUUUUAUAAACCUCCUAACACUAAAAGCUGUACCUCAAAAGUUGAACAAUAAUUUAGACCUGACACUGUGUACUCGUUCUCCAAGACCUGUUGUGGUACCUGGUGUUUUGCAGCAAACGUGAAUUCUUAGAAAAUAAAUUUCCCAUGUCACCCUUCAUUCCAGCACCAUUCAGAACUCGUGUAUUCAAUCUCACAGGCGUAUCCUGGCAAAGAGUUUGCUGUUGGUGGGCUAAGAUAGGGAGAAUCAGCACUGAAAUGAAUUAAAAGCUUGUAAUUGUAAUCGUGUGGAGAUGAAGCAGAAACCACCAGACAGUGAGGUGGUGGUUUAAAAUCACGACGCUGGACAGACCUGCAGGGUCAGGCAGAGGAAAGGCAAUAAGGAAUAACGGUUAAUUGUUCUAAACUGGGCUUCCCCCACCCCAGGAAGCAGGAAAGGCAUCUUUACCAACUCUACAAAUCACGUUAGGAGGAGUGAAUGAACUUUUCAGCAGUUUCCAGCUUAAGAAACAAAUUACGUUCCUGUAUCUAGCUGAAACUAAAUACUUUUGAGGUACAGUCAGCUUACCCCCUUGGUUCCCAAAUAUAUAUAUGAGCAUCUAACAGGGUGCUUAGCAAUUAUGAAAGUAUCCUGAAAAAUACCUUUUGUAACUACAUCUUGUACAGAAAUCUCUUUUUUAAUCUAAGUACAUCUCUUAAAAAAUAGAGGGCAGGGUAUGUUCACCCAGUUAAGCUGAAAGAAAGCACUAAUUUUAUCUCUGUAGUUUUAAAAUAUUUUUAGGCAGAUUAAGAUUUUAAACCCUAGAUUGUAAAUAUAUUUUGCUAUACUUUAUCUGUAUGUGGCUGCUCAAGCACUUUGUAAGGAAAUUAGGAUAUUUUAGAAUGGUACACUAUGCAUUAAAAUGAAAUGUGCCUUUAACAAUGUCAUUUUAAGUGUUUUGCAGUCAUUAAUAUCACAAAUUAAAGUUUUAAAUAGA